AUGUCUCAGUCGUCUCAGCUCCAAGACGGGUCUUUCGAGUCAGCAGAUGUGAAAACACUGCAUUCUGGGCUCUACAACUGCUCGCAACAGAACAGAAUCCUACUACACACUCUGGAUGUAUCUGCAGAGUAUGCUACCACAGGCAGAAACAAUCUCACCCUGACCUGCUCACUCACCUGUGUGGAAGAUUGUGGAGACUUCCAUUUAUCCUGGAUUCACAGUGGCCAGGAUGGGUUGCAGAGUGGCCCUAUAGGACAGAACAACACCGUCAGCUCCAAACUCUUCCUCCCUGACCGCCAGGGCACAGAGAAGAUAGCCUGCGCCGUGCUCAGAGAGGGGGUUGAAAUGGCUGUAAAGGAGUGGACCAUCCAGAGAGGUCAUGUUCUACCUGCAGUGKUAUGGUCAGUCCUUCUGCURCUGCUGCUCUGUGCUGUUGGAGGGGGCGUGUAUUGGAAGAGGCAGGGCAAGGGAAGUGCCGCUGAAGGAGAACAGCAGACCCCUGUUGAAAUGACUCAUUUCUAUGAGGAGAUUCAAGAUCAACCAAUUCAACCUUCCGGAGUAACCAACAACAGUUUCUAUGAUCUUCUGCAGGCUGUGAACUGAGUGUAAUGUCAUGUCCUCUGUCUUUAGGCUAUUAGUUGAGUUUUAAAUCUAAUUUGUCUACUUUGUACGUUGCAUUGUUUUGUGGUUUGGAUUUUCCUUGAUAUUUUGGAACAUUAUAAGUGUCACCAUGACAUCAAGUCUAUGCAGGUUGUUUUUUAUGAUGCAAAUAAAUUCAUAAAAAGAAAAUACCCUCUAUAGAAUAUCACCAGUUACCACAGUAAAAGAAACGACAUAAGUUGGUUGCAAACACAUUCAGUCUGACUCCUCAGUGUGGGGGUUGAUGGCUAAGUCACCCACCUCCUGUCUUGAAAAUCCUCUGCUGACUUUCACAUCCCACAUGAAACCUGGUAGCUUCUCUUCAGCACUGUAAAACUGUAGAUGUAUGGGACUGUGACAAGACACAUAAUACAUGAGAGUGAACAGAUACGUGUGUUUAUUUAAUACAGGAUGGCAGUGUGUGAGCAUUAGCAAUACAAGUAAAACCCCCAGAACAGCAUGUCUCUGUCUGGAACAGCUCCCAACUACACAUCCUGUGGUGUAGAAAAGCAUCAGCAACGUUCCACCAUGGGGUCACAAAUAAAGGAACAUGUCCAAUCAAAUCAA